UAAGCUAGUGAGAAUAUGCUACAAUUAUUUCUAGUAAACGACUCAGAAAUAACAAAAAUUUGUUUAUUAGAUCUUUAUAUGUUCAAUCCAAAUUAGGAAUUUUCAAUUAAAUGUUUAACAGGCUUUUGCUGACAAAGUUUUCUUUUAAUGGAAGCUGUAGGGAGUUUUUGUACAUCUGUAGAUAAUAGUAUGAGCAUGAUUGCGGCAGCACUGCUCUAUGAAAGAUUUUUCAAUUUAGUAUUGUAAAGAGUUAUGUUCUGGGAGUUGUGAUCCAAGAGUACGGGUGAAAUAAUUCAAUUUUUCUCGCAACAGACGCGGUAUACAUAUAGACUAUGUUAGACAUAUUACUUCUAUAUUUUUCUUAUGUAGCGAUGAUACCUGUUAUCGACAUAAUAUCAUAUAAUAUCACCUGCAAACUCAUCUUAGGGAAAGUAAAUCUAGAUAACAAAAAAAGGUAUGGUUGAGACAACUGUAUUGGUCUCAGAACUCCUUCAGAAAAAUUAUUUUCAAUGUUUUGAACACUAUUACAACAUACUGUUCGGAACACCGUCAUACACAAGCAGUAUGCGUUAUUCUCUGUAUUUAUAGCUGGUAUAUAUUUGAGAAGAGUGAGUCAUGAGAAAAUGAAAUUUAGAGUGGUAACUAAUCAGCGUUUUUUAACAAAGGAACUCGCUUCGUGGCAUGGAUUUUGUAAAUAUUAAUAAAAGUUCUAUUGUUGUGCCGUUCUCAAUGCCUUUCAUGUAAAAUUCGACUAUGAUUAUGAUGAAAAUGGAUUGAAUGUAUUGAAUGAACAAUUGAAAUGUUCUGAAAAUUUCAUUUGAGUCAUAAAUUCUCAAAAUCAUAAAGCUGAUGUUUUGCGCUACUUAAAAAUAGUACCUGGUGCAAUUUUUAAUUAUUAUGAUGAGGAUAUUUUAACAAACUCACUUUUUACAAACCAUAUAUAUACAAUCGUAAAAAUUUGUUGAUAAAAAAACAUUUUCAGUGUCUACUAGACUAUAUUUAACAUUAACUCAGAAAUAUCAGUAAAUUAACUUAUUUUUAGUGCAUCAUAUCAUCACCCGAGUUAUGACUAGCUAGAUUAUAUUACGUCACAGGACAAUGCCUCUGCAUGCUUCCUGUUUCAGUAAUUUAAGCAAAAUACUCAUGGCAGUAUAAUAUAAUGAGGCAUUAUUUUUGAAACGUCAUAUAAAACUGUUCGUUGAAACCAGGGAUCUCAGAGAUAUCUAAAUAAUGAAUCUAAGCAUCACAAUUACAUUUCUGCUUGCAGGGUUUUCAUUUGUGAAUUCUGCCAAUGACUGCAAAGCGCCCAACCUGGUCCGAACAGACCUACAGGGAAAUAUAUCAUAUUCAUCGAAUCUCAGAUAUGAAGAAUGUACUUGGAAGUUGCCGACAGUUGAUCAAAAAAAUAAUAUUUUAUUUAUUUUCCUACAAGAAAUAUUUUUAACGUUUACCGAAUCAGGAAGAACGGAAUGUGCAGGAAAUUUGAUUCUGCCGGAACUUGGGCCGAUUUGCAGAAUGCCUCUCAGUCGUUGUAUUUUGUAUAUUCCGGAAAAUAUCGAUUGUGACGUAAUCAAGGUCGACACAUACAUCAAGAAAAAUCUGAAUAUUUCUCAAUGUUCUAAUAAAUUGUGGUAUGAUGUGAACACCAUCCCGGAAAAAAUUCAAACGAAGGCAAAUUACCCGGAUUUUAAAAACUUCUCUCUCAGCUACAAUAUAAUCGAAUGCCCAAAGAAAGUUCAGGCGUUUAACGUUGCACCUGACAAAACAAGUUCAUCGCAAACUGGAAAUGAAAAUUCUACGAAAUCCAAUGACAACAAUUCAAAGUCAUCAUCUUCAACAACAUUUAUAAUCGUCAUAGUGAUUCUUAUAGUUCUGUUGAUUUCCAUCAUUAUUGUCACCAUUGGCCGAUCCAGGCUGAAACGAUUGCGAAGGGACAAACCAAAAAGUCCACAGAAGCCUCCACCUACCACCGGUUACGUAUUUCCAUCCGAGAUUCAACAAAUCGGCUUGAACGAUCAGACACCAUCGCCGACUGAUGACGAAAUCCUAUCAACGAAUCACUAUGAAGAAAUAGCACAAACGCGGGUCGAGAGAUCCGAAUCAAGAGAAUAUAUAUCAAACGUAAUAUAUUGAUAAAUUAUUGAGAGCAUUGCCCAAAUAUACAGACAUAAAAGUCAAAACGAAAUAGGUCAGUACGGGUAUCUAAUCUUUCACAGUACCCGUACCGAGUUCAUCCCAACUUCUAGAGACCACGAGAUCGCGAACGAAUGCCACGGGGUGCGCAAUUUUUUAUUGAGAUGACGCCAUCACAUGGAAACAACGAAACUGAAACGGCCCACAAAAUUUUUGAAAUAAAUAAAAGUAAUAGCUUUCUAACGAUCAAAGUCGUCUGUAGCUACCGAACAUUUCAAAGAAAAUGAUCGGGUAGUUAAGGAGAAUAGCGAUUGUUUCAUUACAACAAGAACGAGGAAAAGAAUUCUAACAACAACAACAACAACAACAUAAUAACAAAACGAUCCAAAGGCCCACUUUGUGCCCACUAACAACAAACCGAAAAAAUGUUGUAAAUUACGAAAGAGAGAUACGAAUGAGAGAAAGAGAGACACUGUAAAAAAGGGAAAUUAUCUACGUCGCAUCAAGUGCUUACCUGAUUUAUUUGUCGAACACUAUUACGUUGGCAUAAAAAUAACCUGCUUUGCGUCGAGGAACUUUUCUACGUGUAUUUUUCUGAACAUAAAUCAUCAACACUGUGGCAAACCAUGUUUUGCAAGAAUGAAAAAUAAUAAUUUUUUUUUAUACUCUUCGCUACUUAUUCAUGCAUCUUGUUUUGGUAAUAAAAUCAUAGACGAAAAAUCGAACUUAUACAGUCAUUCAAAUUCAAGUAAGUAAAUAAAUAAAUUACCUAGGAAAAUUUCAUGAGUUGUGUGUUUGUUUUUCUCUCGGUAAUAUGAAACUUGGUGCCUAGGGCAUUCAACGUCAUUGUUUAAUAAAACGAUACUUAUA